AUGGAAUCUGAGACGGGAGUUGCGCUCUUGAUUGUGGCUGUAGGAUUUUACAUCCUUUGCUCUUUUUAUCUGCUACAUAACCCACUUAUUCUUCAUAAAAAGAAACGUGUAGCCUUUUGCAGCAGACAUAUUUCUCACAGAGGAGGUGCAGGUGAAAAGAUAGAAAACACAAUGGAGGCUUUUGCACAUGCAGUGAAUGUGGGAACUGAGAUGUUGGAACUGGACUGUCAUUUAACUUUAGAUGGUUAUGUUGUGGUGUGCCAUGACAAAAACCUUGAAAGACAGACAGGAUCUAAUGUGGAUGUUUCUUUGGUUAAAUUUCAGGACUUGCCGCUAUAUAGAAAGAAGCUUGAGGUCACAUUCAGUGUUGGGCAAUACGGUAAGGGAGAGGACCGAAGAAUUGCCCUGCUGGAAGACGUUUUCAAAAGGUUCCCCAAAAUUGCAAUCAACAUCGAGGUUAAACAAGACAGUGAUGAGCUGAUACGAAAGGUCUCCUCCCUGGUGAAAAAGUAUGACAGGGAAGGCAUCACUGUUUGGGCCACUGAAGACUCUCACAUCAUGGCAAAAUGCAGGAAACAGAAUCCCUUCAUGCCAUACAGCUUCACUGCUAGACGAGUGAUCCUUCUUCUAGUACUCUACUAUACUGGCUUCCUGCCCUUCUGCCCUCUGGGAGAAAGCCUAUUGCAGUUCUAUUUGCCCAGAGUUAUCAACAGGAGUUAUAUUCCAGAGGAGUUUUUUCUCAAGAACAAUUUUGUGGUUUCUCUCAUUGAAAAGUUGACAAUGAGAAAAUCUUUGCUUGAGCACUUGGUAAAGCGAGGCAUGCAGGUCCAGUUGUUUGUGUGUAACAAUCAGGAGGACAUGGCUGCUGCUUUUGCAUUUGGCGCUACAGGAGUUAUGACCGAUUAUCCCACCAUGCUGUCAGACUACCUGCAAAAACAUCCUGCUGUUUAAGAGCAAAGGUGUGACAAG